AUGGCGCUUGAACGCAGCAAAAAGCUUCUGGUGACGGAGCAGCAGAGGCUGAAAGCGGCAGGAGGCAGGGAGGACAGGGAGGGAGCUGCAGCAUCGUCUCCUACCGUCACAGGACAGAAAGCUGCGGAGACAUGGAGACGACGGGGAGAAUAGCAGCCACGCCGGACGCGUUGGACUUCACGGUGGAAAACGUAGAGAAGGCCCUUCACCAGUUGUACUAUGAUCCGAAUAUAGAAAACAAGAAUCUGGCCCAGAAAUGGCUAAUGCAGGCUCAGGUCUCGCCUCAGGCCUGGCAGUUUUGCUGGGCCCUACUGAGCCCAGACAAGGUGCCCGAGAUCCAGUACUUUGGCGCUAGCGCGCUCCAUACCAAAAUCUCUCGCUACUGGUCCGACAUCCCCACGGACCAGUACGAGUCUCUGAAGAGCCAGCUGUUCUCCCAGAUUGCUUGUUUCUCCUCUGGCUCCAAGAUGGUGCUCACCCGGCUCUGUGUGGCACUAGCCUCUCUGGCACUCAACACGAUGCCCGAGGCCUGGCCUGGCGCGGUGUCAGAGAUGGUGCGGGUAUUUCAGGAGGAGGGAGGAGGGGUGGAUGGGCGGGCUCGCUGCCUGGCACUGCUAGAGCUGCUCACUGUCCUGCCCGAGGAGUUCCAGACCAGCCGCCUGCCGCAGUACAGAAAGGGACAGGUCCGGGGAGCCCUAGGUCGGGAGUGGGGGUCUGUGUGUCCCUUACUGCAACAACUGCUGCGGAGGACGGAUAGCCCGGGGGCAGUGAAAGCUCGCGUGCUGCGCUGCCUGUCAUCGUGGGUGCUGCUGGAUGUGCCCCUCAGCGAGAGUGAAGGCCUGGUGCACGACUGCUUCACUGCCCUCCCUGACCCAGAGCUCUUCGACACAGCAGUGGAGGCGAUAGUCAAUGCGAUCUCGCAACCCGACUCCCAAAGAUAUGUGAACACUUUACUAAAACUGGUUCCUCAAGUACUGGCUCUCCAGGAGCAGCUCAGAGAGGCUGUUCAGAAUGGAGACAUGGAGACCUGCCACGGUAUCUGCCGCAUCGCUGUCACUUUGGGAGAGAACCACUCAAGGACUCUGUUAGAGCAGGUGGACCACUGGCAGAGCUUCCUGGCUUUAGUCAACAUGAUCAUGUUUUGUACAGGCAUCCCCGGCCACUACCCAGUCAAUGAGACCACCAGCUCCCUCACACUCACUUUCUGGUACACGCUUCAAGAUGAAAUCAUGUCCUUUGAGUCAGAUAAGCAGGCAGUGUAUCUGCAAGUCUACAGACCAGUGUAUUUCCAGUUGGUGGAUGUUCUGCUGCACAAAGCCCAGUUCCCUACUGACCAGGAGUAUGCAUCCUGGUCCUCAGAUGAGAAAGAGCAAUUCAGGAUCUACAGGGUGGAUAUCUCAGACACUCUCAUGUAUGUAUAUGAGAUGCUGGGAGCUGAGCUGCUGAGUAACCUGUAUGAUAAACUAGGGAGACUGUUGACUAACGCCGAGCAGCCCACGUCAUGGCAGCACACAGAAGCAUUGUUGUACGGCUUCCAGUCCAUAGCAGAGACGAUAGAUGUGAAUUACUCUGACGUCAUCCCGGGCCUGAUAGGACUCAUCCCCAGAAUCAACAUCAACAAUGUCCAGUUAGCGGACACAGUGAUGUUCACAAUAGGUGCUCUGGCUGAAUGGUUAGCAGACCACCCAGUGAUGCUCAGCAGUGUCCUGCCCUUGGUGCUACAGGCGUUAGGGAACCCAGACCUUUCUGUAUCUUCCGUCUCAACACUCAAGAAAAUCUGUAGGGAAUGCAAAUACGAUCUGCCACCAUACGCAACCAACAUCGUGGCUGUCUCUCAGGAGGUGCUUAUAAAGCAGAUCCACAAGACGAGUCAGUGUAUGUGGCUGAUGCAGGCUCUCGGCUUCCUGCUUUCUGCUCUCCCUGUGGAAGACAUCUUAAGAAACCUUCACUCCCUCAUCACCCCCUACAUUCAGCAACUGGAGAAGCUAGCAGAUGAGACGCCUAAUCCCUCCAACAAAUUAGCCAUCAUCCACAUCUUGGGGCUGCUGUCCAACCUGUUCACUACCCUCGACAUAAGCAAGCAGGACGAUGAGUCUGCGGACAGCUCAGCGCCACCUGUCAAAACAGCGCCACCCCCACCUGGACCAAACCCGGUGGUGGUAGUUUUGCAGCAAGUUUUCGCUCUCAUACAGACAGUUCUCAGCAAGUGGCUCAACGAUUCGCAGGUUGUGGAGGCGGUGUGUGCCAUCUUUGAGAAGUCGGUGAAGACUCUCCUCCACGACUUUGCUCCCAUGGUUUCUCAGCUCAGCGAGAUGCUUGGGCAGAUGUACAGCACGAUUCCCCAGGCCUCAGCCCUUGACCUCACACGACAGAUGGUGCAUAUCUUUGCCAGUGAGACAGACCACUUCCCACCCAUCAAGGCUCUGUUUGAGCUGGUUACCUCGGUAACACUGUCCAUCUUCCAGCAAGGACCCAGGGAUCAUCCUGAUAUUGUUGAUUCAUUUAUGCAACUCCAAGCUCAGGCCCUCAAACGGAAGCCCGAUUUGUUCUUGUCUGAGAGUCUUGACGUGAAAGCAGUGUUCCACUGUGGUAUUCUGUCGCUCAAAUUUCCUGAGGCUCCAACAGUCAAGUCAACAUGCUUGUUCUUUACUGAACUGUUACCCCACUGCUCAGAUGUGCCUCCAUUAGCCAGGCUGGUACACGAGGACGGCAAGCUGUUGAUACAGGCCGUGCUGGAGGGAAUUGGGGGCGGGGCAUCUCGGAGUCUGAUGGACCAGUUUGCUGAAGUGCUGUUCUCUCUGAACAAGCACUGCUUCUCUCUACUCGCUGUGUGGUUGAAAGAGGUUCUGCAGCCUCCAGGAUUCCCGUCAUCACGAGUCACAGCCGAGCAGAAGGACAACUUCUCGCAGCAGAUACUCAGAGAACGUGUGAAUAAGAGGCGGGUGAAGGACAUAGUCAAGGAGUUCACGUUGCUGUGCAGAGGUCUCCAUGGUACAGAGUACGCGGCUGAAUACUGAAACGCUGCCCUUGAACUCUCACCUAACCGUGACCUCUGCCCUCAGUGCAAACAGCUGGUCGCCACAACAACACCGUUCUCUCCAAACCCUUCAGAGAAGACACCAUGAAAUGAUUGUAAUGAAAACCCACCCCAUUGCAGGACAAGACAUGGAACCAUUCCAGCACAGACCUGCCAUCAGAUUAAUGGACAAACAUUAAAUCACUGGUGGCUUUAGAGAGGCCGUCCUCUCUUCUCCGAUGAUUUACUUUUCUGUUAUAAGAUUGUUUCUCUCUCCCUCCUCUCUACUCUUCUUUGAAGGUCUUUUUGUUGGGAGAGCUUUGAGCAGCACACCCAGCAUGCUGCCUCACUCCUCCUCCUAUCUCUGUCUUGUUCUGCCGUUCUAGAUCUUCCUGUGGUUCCUAGGUUGUUUCCUGGUGAUUAGCAUCAAUAUGAAAUGGUAGUGGUAUUGUACGUAGCUACUUGACAUUAUUUUUCAAAAUGAAUCAAAUUCAUUAUAUAAAUGUAUAUGUAUACACAUAUAAAAAGAUAGUGGUUUAAGUCCUGCUGCUGCUAAUGGGAAGAGGAAGGGCCAAUGUCAGGAGGGGAUUCUGCAGGAAGAUGACAUUAAUACAUUAAUAUUUACUCCUACCCAUGCCCCUGUGAUCUCUGCAUUUGCCAAAUUAUCAUGAAUUGUUUUUGUGAAUUUGUCUUUUUUUUUUUUAAAUAAAUGCCUUUUAAGGGGGAUGAGUGGACAAAGAAAGCUGAAGGCCACAUAACUUGGACUCAACACAGCCCGCUCUCUUGCCCAGCCCUCUCUGUAUUGGGCUGUACCUCAUGUACAUACAAUCCCACCCAAUCAUACUGCAGUCUCCUCUGGUUGUAGAUAGUGAUUUUUAUGCAGUGGUCCCAUAGGUAAAGCAGGGCUGCCUCGAGAGAUGGCUGCAAGGAAAAAUGUACUAUAGUAGCAGACAGUGAGAAAAGACAAAAUAUGUAAAACUGAGAAGAGGUAUUGAGCGUUUGGAGGGAUUAAUAAUCAUGGCGGUGGACUGCUUAGACACUGUAAUCGUGCAAAAAUAUUAAUCAAGUUGUGCAUAUUAACAGUUAUUGCUGAACACUUCUGUGUAUUUGAGUGUAUGCGUGUGUUCAUACCCGUGUGUGUGAGAGGUUGUGUGCGCACAGAUGUAUUUUUUUCCCGACUUGUUCAGUGCACUUAUAUCGGACCUACAGUACACAUGUAUAAUUUCCUACUUUUAAACAAAGAGCCCAUUCAUUUCUUCACACCGCACUCACUCGGACUAGUUGCAUCAUAAAGACGGACCAGGCACGUCCAGUAUUUCACCUCCGCUGCUCACCAGCAAACACCUCCCAUCUAUUAAACCUCCGUCAUCUGGAUAAUCACUGACCCGAUUCACCGUUUGUCUGUUAUCGUUACCAACUACUGCUCUUACCUAAAUGCUUGUGAACAAGCUGCCCAGAAAACCUUUCAUUCAUCUGGGUCACUGCCUUGGAGAGGGCCGAGAAGGAUUAGGGAGUUCAGUAACACAAUGUAAGACCUCUGACAAAGUCAUUCGACGCUGACAUUCUGUGCUCAUCCAUUAUGAUAAAGUGAUGUAACAACUGUAACAUAUUGCAUCAGUAGGACCAGCUGACGGCUAAUAUCACUCAGCAUUGAAAUGUACUUUGUGGUCUCUGAUAAAACUUUAUCUCAGUCUAAUCCUUCUGUCUUAUCCGAGGUGCCUGCAGACAUGUAGCAUGUAAGUGUUUUGUUGGGGUGGGGUGGGGAGGGGUGGGGCGCUGGGGUUCAGGGGACGAGGCAUAUUCGGUGCGUGAGAAACUGUAGAAAGGUGUGACUUGGACCGAGACCCGAGGCAGGAUUCGGCUCUGGAGUGAGCCGUUUGGCUUUAGAUACGAACUGUGAAUGACUUUCAACACUUAUCCCUGGUCUGUUUUUGUGGUCUAAGGUGAGAAAGUGAACAGUGUUUGUAUCAGUUUUAAGAAAGAGUUGUUGGUGGAGGAGGGAAGGGAGCUAUGAAAUGUACAUUGUUUUUUUUUGUACGUUGGCUUUAAUUUAUUAAAUAUAUCUAAGACUGCA